AUGCGCGGCGCCUUGUUCCAGGCGCUGGGCGUGGACGGCUCGGAGCACCCGCGCAUCAUCGGCGCGCUGCAGGCCGCCGACUUCGACACCAUCGUGAGGGCCGUGCAGGUUCGGGACCCAGGGGGCGCUGGCGGCGCUGGCGGACCUCCCCCAUUGCUCGAUCCCACUCCGGCACAGUUGUCCCAGGCUGGGCUAUUGGGGAGGGCAUGCAGAGUGACCGUGGGCACGCAGCCGUCAGCAGCCGCAGCAGCAGCGGCGCAGGCGGCAGCCCAGACGGCAGUGAAGAUGGCGGGCACUAUCAACCAGACCGACGACACAGAGGUCGACAUCUUAGACGAACACGCCAUCAAGAUCGCGUACAAGAACUACCACGACAGGAUCGGAGCCUUCCCGCCAGCAGAGGAGGAGCUGAGCAAAGAACAGCUGUCCACGCUGUGGGAGGCGUUCCGAUCAGGAGGCGCACCAUACACGGACAUGGCAGUAUGGGGACCGCAUCAUCAUCGGAUUCAAAAGAAGAUCAGGCUCCGCGGCGUGAAGAUCGCCCCCACGGGCGAGGUCACGUCGAUCGAGCUCACCGGCCCUGCAGACUUCGAGGACUGGCGCGCCUGCUAUGCGGUAUUCAAAGUGGGCUGCAUCAUGUUUGAGCAGAUUACCCCAGCGCGACUGGACGCAUACGAGAAGCACCUACGUGGCUUACACGAACGAUACGGAAGACAGUGCUGGGCUUUGAUAUACCAGGCAGACGUCAGAGCCAGGCUCGAGUUGUCAGAGCGACUACGCAGGAUCGGAAAGGACGAGAAAGAGAGAGCCGACGCGACCAGCACGUUCCACGACUUCGACCCCGCCAAACCAUGGGAGUGGGUAUGGUCAAAGUUAACGAGCGACGUGCAGUUCUGGCUACGAGAAGUACAAGAACCUGCAGUACUCGUGUUGGCUCGCACGGCAUCGCUGCACCAGAUGAUCGACCACGACGCGCCGAUCAUGCAGGCACCGCCGCCGCCCUCCAACGCCGCGUCGCAGCACCCGCCAGCUCUCCCAGUCGGUCCCGACGGUCUGUUCACGCACAACAGGAAGGGCAUUGAGUUAUGCAGAUCGUACCAGACGGGCGAGUGCACGGAACACGACGCCAGGAAUAAUUGUUGCAGAAUCCCUCGCCUCAAGCACCAGUGCGGCAAGUGCCUCUCCAUCGACCACGGCGCCAACAACUGCGCGCUCAAGACGGCCCGUGAACCCCGCGCCAACAAGGAGGUGGCGGCGCCCUCGGCGGACUCACUGCGAGAGCCGCAAGAGGAUUUGGGUGAGUGCAAAUCGGAUCCUGGAUUGAAGCGGCACUUGCACUCCAGCAAGGGCACUGGAAGACAAGUGAAGCUGAAGAUAGAUACCGAGACCACUCCAGAUAUCAUCAUCAUCGAUUCCGAGACCCAGACCUCCGAGUGCUACGACGCGAACAGCUAUGCCACGGACCUCGGCAAGCCACUGCCGAAGGACCUCGCGACGGGCCUCAAGUUCUUGUACAUGUUCAGCGGACCGACCGGACGACAGGACGGCUUUGCGCAGGCAAUACGAGACAUGGGCGGCGUAUGUGAGGAAUGGGACAGCAUCAACGGCGACGAGCACGAUCUCACGAGCGAGGAGAACUGGCGAAGACUUAAGGCAUGUAAGAGCGAGUUCCACGGUAUCCUGAUGGCCCCCCCGUGCAACACCUUCACGAGAGCGAGAAGGAAACGAAGAGACGGCAUCGGCGGACCACCGCCGCUAAGGGGACCAGAGGGACGUGAUCGCUAUGGCCUCAAGCACCUGAAGCCAGAAGACCAGGACAAGGUCAAGAAGGGCACGCUGCUCGCGCUGAGGGCGGGCGACAUGCUCGCUAGCAGCCUCAAGGAUGGCACGCCCAUCAUCAACGAGCAGCCACACUUCGACCCAGAAGACCCCGAGGACACGAGCAUGUACAACCUGGACGAGUUCCAGGCGGUCAGGAUGGCAGAGGGGGUCAGCCUGCACGACCUUGUCCAGUGCGAGUACGGCGCUAAGGCGGAGAAGCGCAGCUCCAUCCUCGCGAUCAACGUAGACUUGAAGGACGCCUUCGGCAAGUGCAGGCACAAGCCCCAGUGGUGGAGGCGCCCCUCCACGGGCGAGUGGCACCUAGGGCCACAUUCGCCCCUCGUCGGCAAGGAGCGGAUGAUCCCCGCAGGCGAGUGGCGCAGGAGUAUGAUCCUGGACGACAUGCAGUACCACGCCAAGUUUAAGGACGCCCCCUUUCUCACGAGCUCGGCGCAGGCAUACCCAGCAGGCCUCAACAGGUACUUCGCGAUCAAGCUAGCCAUGCGAGCCAGGCAGAUCGCGAGCAACAUGCCCAAGACAUCCACGCUCGUCAGGGUAGGGUACUGGCAGAACGCACUGGUCAACCAGCCGUCUCCCAUCGGCACGCACCGCUCAGCCACCCAAGCAGGCAUUGAGGGGCGCCAGAGGGUACCGGCCAGCACUGCUGGUACGCACUGCUCAGCACCACCUCGCCAGCAAUCGGGGGCCAGAGGGCACCGGCCUUCGGGAUGCGAAGACGGCUCGAUCAGGGACGAAGCGCAGUCGAGAGGCAGCAUCACGUUCAGCCAUUCACUCAGAGGCGAUCGCGUGGGCGAUGUCAAGUGCAGAGAACGCGAGAACGAGCUAUACAUAGGGGGCAUGAGACACCCCAGACAGAGCAUCGGCAAGAUGCAGGACUACGGGGCGAUCAGCGAGCAGCUCAGGUACACCAUCGAGCAGCACCUGAACGCCAACCCGCACAUCCAGAAGGUAUGCCUAGACGCCAUUGGUUCCGAGGCGGACGCCGCGGGACCAGAGGCGGACACGCUGGACGACCUAGCCACCACCCUGGGCAGCCUGCUGGGAACGGAGGACACCAAGGGCGUGGCCAACGAUAAGUACGACACGCCCAUCCGAGCGGGCCUGUUAGCUGCUUGGGCCAGGCGAGCGAAUGACAUCGACGGCGAGCAUGUCGAGGACUGGCUCAAGCACGGCGCCCCCGCAGGCAUCGAGGUGGACACGGAGGAUCCGGGCAUCUUCCCGAAGGUGGACGCCACCAUCGGGGAGCACGCGCUGGACACGCUUGACGAGCACGACGACGAGCCUGAGUUUCACAACUACUCGUCGGUAGACGGCGACCCGGAGGCAAAGCCAGAGAUCGACCGGCUGAAAACCUCGAGCUACGUGACCACCUUCAAGUCGUACAAGGAGGCUUGCGCGUGGCUGGGCGCAAAGCCCAACGUGUCCAAGCUAGGCAUGAUCACGAAAGUCAAGAACGGCAAGAUCAAGAGGCGGCUCAUCCUGGAUUGCAAGCAGUCCGGAGUCAACGCGACAGCACGGCAGAGGCAGAGGAUCGUACUCCCGCGGCUGUCCGACGUGAUUGACGACGCCCUCUACCUCUUGAGAGAGUGCCAGCACGAGCCCGAGCAGAACCUGGAGUGGCUAGUGCUGGACUUCACGGAUUGGUUCUACAACAUCCCGCUCAGGCACUGCGAGCGGAGGCACUUCGUCGCCUACUACGGCGGCGAGUUCAUCAUCUUCCUCACUAUGGCCCAGGGCAGCGUGAACGCGCCGCUGGUGUGCGGACGGGUUGCGGCACUAGUAGCACGCCUCACGCAGUCGAUGUUCUGGGCCACGGAGGUGCGGCACCACAUCUACGUCGACGAUCCGAUCAUCGCUGCGCGCGGCUUGCAGCAGCAGCGGGAUAGGUACUUCGCGAUCAUCAUCCUGACGUGGCGCACCUUGGGCCUCAAGCUCGCCUUCAAGAAGGCAGAGCGAGGCCAGGAGGUGGACUGGAUCGGCGCCCACCUCACCUGCAAGACACUGCCAGAGCCCGCGAUCGAGGUCACGGCCAAGCAGGACAUCGUGGACGAGGUGCGCCACAUGGUCACUGACAUGAGGAGCUCGAACGUAGCGCCGAUCAAGGACGUGCAGUCAUUGGUUGGCAAGGCCAACCACAUCGCGGGCAUGAUCGAGGCGUGGAGACCCUUCUUGCAGGAUAUGUGGAGCACGAUCGCAGCCCACAAGCGAGGCGAGACGAGCAACGCCCCGCGGCAGUGCAUCUGGACGAAGCAGAUCGCACAGGCACUCGAGUGGAUCCACGCGUUCCAGGCGGGCUCCCUCGGCACGCUCUCUCGAGUUUAUCGAGUUCGAGCGUACUUCGGCUACUGCAAGCGGGUCGCCAUCGUGACCGACGCGUCGCCCUGGGGCCUGGGCGGCUACCUCAUGAUCGAGGACGUCGUGAAGGCCUACUUCACGAGCCCCCUCACCCAGGCCGACGCGGACGUCUUGCGCGCCCCACUGGGGGAGGCGGCCGGACAGCAGGUCUGGGAGGCCCUCGCGAUGCUGGUAGCGCUCCGCGUGUGGAAGCAGGUCUGGCUGCAGCAGGGCAUCCGCCUCGCGGCGACGGCGGACAGCAUCUCCACGCUGACCCUGCUGCUCAACUUCCGGGCACGGACGGCGUCCUACGGCCUGGGGGUGAUCUGCCGCGAGAUGGCGCUGGAGUUCGGCGACUGCGCCUACAAGCCCAAGGCCUACGUCCACCUUCCGGGCAUCGCCAACGACGUGGCCGACGAGCUCAGCAGGCGCGCGCAGCCUGGGCACCAGGCGCGGCACCCCAUCGCGCUGGAGGGCGCCGCCGAGUUCCACGUGGCGCCGCGCACGCUGAGCUUCUUCCGCGCCCUCCCGUCCGCUUCGCAGUUGCAGAGGACGGGGACGGGAUAG